CUCUACAAAAAAGAUGAAUUCCUCUACAUUUUGAAAUAAAAAGAAAAAUAAAAAAAAGAACCUCUCCAUCCAUGAUCCAUCCUUUGAAAAAGUGAUGAACUGAGAACUCUCCCUCUUCACUUCCUCACCCCAAAACCAAAACCAAAACCAAAACCAAAACCCCUGCAUGGCUCUGCCAUCAGACCCUCACCGCCACAUCUCCGCCUUCCUCCAAUCCACCGCUUCCAACUUCGCCUCCCUCUUCAACCCUCCCAAUCCCCCUCCUCUCACGCUCCCCUCCUCCGUCUCCCUCCCUCUCUUCUUCGCGCCGCCGCUCUCCGCCCUCGACUCCUCCGCCUCCUCCGCCGCCGCCGCAGCCGAGCCCCCCCGCCCCGCCGCGAAAUCGGUCCGCGUCGCGCGGCUCGGCGCCAAUGGGAAGGCCGCCGGCGGACCCGCCUUCGUGGGGCAGGUCUUCAGCAUGUGCGACCUCUCCGGAACGGGCCUCAUGGCCGUUUCUACGCACUUCGACAUUCCCUUCAUUCCAAAUGUAACAUUAUGUUUGUUGUCCUGCAGAAGUGAAGCUUCUUUUCUGAGAGCUACAGAGUCUAGCAGCUGCCUUGACAACUCUGGAGUGGUAGAUGAUGGGAAACUUUGUGAAUGCAUAGACUCUUCUAAUCGCUGUUUGGAUAAUAAUACCGAAGUGAUCAAACAUCCUAGUCCUAAACUAAGUCUACCAUUUGGUGGUUGGUUUCGUCACCUAUGGCCAAAACAGUGUCAUGAAAAAGUAGGCUCAUCUAGAAAUGGUGUAAAUAAGGAAGAUUUGAAACCGACACCAUUUCUUCCAAAAGUUACAAUGGUUGGUCUCUCUACAGAGGAAUCAGGCCAGAUGAGUAAAGCUAAUUUAAAGAAGACCAUGGAGGAUUUGACAAAAGAGUUGGAGAAAACAGAGAUAGGUAAUAUGACUGGUGAUGGCAGUAAAGAGUUCAAUGUAGAAGAUAGGGAUCCACUAUUUGUAGCAAAUGUGGGUGAUUACUAUUCUGGCUUGGGAAGAGCAGGAUCUGGUCGCUGGAUUAGAGGUGGAUCCAACUAAAACCUUUUUGUCAGAAAGAAAUUUUCUUUUUCAGGUUAUUCUGGAUAUUUAUUGGUCUCCGAAUAAGGUUCUUAAUAUCGGGUUAUCUAUUAACAUGUUAUAGUAUUGGAGCUGGAAAUAACCUCAUUUGCGGUGUACACUAAAAGUGGAUGGAUCAAGCUUGAGAUUAUGUCUGAUCAAUGUUGUAAAUGAUUAUUUAUAUAAUUCAUCUCUGAUGCCCAUUUUGCUUUGGGAAGUUAAA